AUGUAUAAAUUUCAAAAUAAAGCUUUGGCAAAACUAUUCACAAAAAUGAACCCUAAGCAGCAAGAACAAAAUAAUACAAAAAAUGAUGUAUAUAUGGUCUUAGAAGAAACUGAUCCUAGUCAUCAGCAAAACCUUCAGCUUCCAGUUCUAGCAGAAUUAGCUACAACAAAUAAUAGCUCAAAUAAACAAAUAUAA